GUGUCUUGAUGGAAGAUGUGGAAGAUCUUAUCCGCCAGCAGACUUCCAAUGACACCAUCAGCCCCCGGGCCUCCUCCUCAUACUAUGAAAAUUAUCACUCUUUAAAUGAAAUCUAUUUCUGGAUAGGUGUUAUAACUGAGCAGUAUCUUGACAUGGCUGAAAAAAUCCACAUUGUAUCUUCAUCUGAGAAGAGUCCACUUUAUGUUUUAAAGGUUUCUGAAAAGCAACAAGCAGCUAAAAAUGCUAUUUGGAUUGACUGUGGAAUCCAUGCCAGAGAAUGGAUCUCUCCUGCUUUCUGCUUGUGGUUCAUAGCCUAUGUAACUCAAUUCUAUGGGGAAGAAAAUCUGUAUACCAAUCUUUUGAGGUACAUGGAUUUCUAUUUUAUGCCAGUAGUUAAUGUGGAUAGUUAUGAGUACACGUGGAAAAAGAAUCGAAUGUGGAGAAAGAACAGUUCUUUUCAUGAAAAUAGUCCUUGCAUUGGAACAGACCUGAACAGGAACUUUGCUUCCAAACACUGGUGUGAGAAGGGUGCAUCAAGAUUUUCAUGCUCAGAAAUCUACUGUGGACUUUACCCCGAGUCAGAACCAGAAGUGAAGGCGGUGGCUAAUUUCUUGAGAAGAAAUAUCAACCAUAUUAAAGCUUACAUCAUGAUGCAUUCAUACUUCCAGAAGAUAGUGUUCCCAUAUUCCUAUAACAGAAGCAAAAGCAAGGACCAUGAGGAACUGUCUCUACUGGCCAGUGAAGCAGUCCAUACUAUUGAGAGUAUUAGUAAAGAUACCAGACAUACAUAUGACAGUGGCUCAGAAAGUUUAUACCUAGCUCCUGGAGGUCCAGAUGACUGGAUCUAUGACUUGGGCAUCAAAUAUUCCUUUACAAUUGAACUUCGAGAUACAGGAAAAUAUGGAUUCUUGCUGCCAAAGCUUUUCAUCGAACCCCCUUGCAGAGAAGCUCUUUGCCACUGUCUCUAAAAUAGCUUGGCAUGUCAUCAAGAAUGUUUA